UCCCAAAGCGCACCCCGACAAUCGAAUCUCGUCCAAACGGGCCUUCAUACGCGGUUUUCUCGAAACGGACAAGGAUCCUCGGUGGAUGACGUGCGCGGCAGACGAACGCCUCUAGCCACCGCUGACUAGGACGCGAAUUGAUUGCCCGCGAGUUCUCGAGAGACUUCAUACAAAGCCAUUGAGGCCCCAAAACAGCAUAUCCUCAUUCCAAACCUCACCUCUCUCUCCUCCUACACCCAAACUCCCGAAAUCUCUUGAACGAUGGCCAACCCACCCCAUGGCGGUGUUCUCAAGGACCUGAUUGCGCGCGAUGCGCCGAGACGAAAGGAGCUCUAUGAGGAGGCGGAAAAGCUGCCGGCGAUUGUCUUGACGGAGCGGCAGUUGUGCGAUUUGGAGUUGAUUCUGAAUGGGGGGUUCAGUCCGCUAGAAGGCUUCAUGAGCGAGAAAGACUAUGAUGGUGUUGUCGCAGAAAACCGUCUCGCGGACGGCAACCUCUUCAGCAUCCCCAUCUGCCUCGACCUCUCCCAAGAAACCAUCAACGAGACCGGCGUCAAGCCCGGCGCCCGCGUCGCCCUCCGUGAUUUCCGUGACGACCGCAACCUCGCCAUCAUAACCGUCGAGGACGUCUACAAGCCUGACAAAGCCAAGGAGGCCAAGGAGGUCUUUGGCGGCGAUGAGGAGCACCCAGCUGUCAAGUACCUGAAUGAGACGGUGAAGGAGUUCUAUGUCGGCGGCAAGAUCGAUGCGAUUGACCGGCUGAUGCACUACGACUAUGUUGCGUUGCGAUACUCCCCCGCCGAACUCCGCCUCCACUUCGACAAACUCGGCUGGUCGCGUGUAGUCGCUUUCCAGACCCGCAACCCCAUGCACCGCGCUCAUCGCGAACUGACCGUCCGCGCCGCCCGCGCCCGCCAGGCAAACGUCCUCAUCCACCCCGUCGUCGGCCUCACCAAGCCCGGCGACAUCGACCACUUCACCCGCGUGCGCGUCUACCAAGCCCUGCUCCCCCGCUACCCGAACGGCAUGGCCGUGCUGGGUCUCCUACCCCUCGCCAUGCGCAUGGGCGGACCGCGAGAAGCGCUCUGGCACGCCAUCAUCCGCAAGAACCACGGCGCUACCCACUUCAUUGUGGGCCGCGACCACGCUGGACCGGGGAAGAACAGCAAGGGCGUGGAUUUCUACGGGCCGUACGACGCGCAGCACAUUGUGGAGAAGUACCGGGAUGAGCUGGGGAUCGAGGUCGUGCCGUUCCAGCAGAUGACGUAUCUGCCGGAUAGCGAUGAAUAUAAGCCCAAGGAUGAGGUGGCGCAGGGGGUUAGGACGCUGGAUAUCAGCGGGACGGAACUCCGCAAACGCCUCCGCACCGGCGCCGAAAUCCCCGAGUGGUUCUCCUACCCCGAAGUCGUGCGCGUACUCCGCGAAUCCCACCCGCCGCGCUCCUCGCAAGGCUUCACCGUCUUUCUCACCGGCUACCAAAACAGCGGCAAAGACGCCAUCGCGCGCGCUCUCAACGUGACGCUCAACCAGCAAGGCGGCCGCUCCGUGUCGCUGCUCCUCGGCGACACGGUGCGCCACGAGCUCUCCUCGGAGCUGGGCUUCUCGCGCUCCGACCGCGACAAGAACAUCGGCCGCAUCGCCUUCGUGGCCUCGGAGCUCACCAAAGCGGGCGCGGCCGUCAUCGCGGCGCCCAUCGCGCCGUUCGAGCAGCCGCGGCGCCAGGCGCGCGAGCUCGUCGAGAAGUAUGGCAGCUUCUUCCUCGUGCAUGUGGCGACGCCGCUGGCGUACUGCGAGGCGACGGAUAGGCGGGGGAUUUAUGCGCGCGCGAGGCGCGGCGAGAUCAAGGGGUUUACGGGCGUGGAUGAUCCGUAUGAGGAGCCGCAGAGGGCGGAUUUGGUGGUGGAUGCGCAGACGACGAAUGUGCGGACCAUUGUGCAUCAGAUUGUGCUGUUGCUCGAGGCGGAGGGGUUGUUGGGGCAGAUAUAGGGGGUUUGGAAAUGAGGGGUUAGGAGAAGGGGGGAAGGGGAGUGAGGGGAUGAAAGGCACGGUAUGGGAUGCGGUCGAUUGCCGAGGAUGCCUUUGAUUCCCUUCGAUUUAAGCACUGAAUAGAUGGAUAGAUGGAUGGAUGAAUGGGCUUUCUCCUCCACCUUUUUCGGAUUAUCAAAAAUUAGAGCUCCCCGAUAGACAUUACACACCGUUUCCGAAACCAUGAAAUGACAACUUUGCUC